AUAAUAAUUAUCAAAAGAAAAAAAAAGACCGCAAGCACCGCUACUUUUUUCAUAAUCCUUAGAAAAUCGAGUAGUUUUUGCCAACAAACUAAAGAAAAUUGUGAAUGUAUUAAAUAGAAUAAUAAAUAAAAACCACCACAAGAAUAUAAAAUAAACCUACGCCAAGAUGGAUAUGAGUUUAGAUGAUAUAAUUAAAAGUAAAAAAAUAACGCAAGCGCCCUCAAAAAAAUUUGGCAUCAAAAAGCCAGUAGCACUGCCCCUUAGGAAGACCCUAAACAAGCCGGUGUUUAAGGAAGCCAGACGCAUCACCGAUGCUCGCCUUAAGAUUAUACAAAAAAAUCGGGCUAAAAUUCGAGAUGCUCGUGAUAAGUUGGCUGAAAUCACAAGAAAUAAUGGUGAUGUACGACAGAAGUUAAUGCAAAGGCAGGAAUUAAACACAUAUAAAUAUAGUAAAAUGGGCAGUGGAACUGGUAGUAGCGGUGGUGGUGGAGGUGGCUCUGGAGGCCGAAGAACGGUGGGCGUUAGUAAAGUUAUACCAGCUGGAGGCUUAAAAACAAAAAGUUCCAAUUAUAAGACUUCUUCAUUGCCGUCUAUAACCAGCAGACGACAUGAAAAUCAUUUCGAUAUACCACGGGGUUAUGUUGACUACGAUAAUAUGGAGAAAAUGGAAGAGGGUGAGUAUUUUGGGUGGCAUAGCAGGGACGAAAGACGCCAACAAAUCGAGGAAUAUGCCGCUGCCUCUAGGCUUAGUCGUACUGUACAAAACGAUAUGGCCUAUGAGUUGGCACCACCAGCUCCCAGACGCUUGAAUUCUUGGGGUUCAACUUCCAAUGAACACUUUGAUCCCUUCGAUGUGUAUGAAGUUCCGUAUUCUACACGACAUGAACGUCGUAUAUCUCCAGACUUACCAGCACCACCUGCUAAGGGCAUUUUGCGCUCCAGCUCCAUAAGAGAACGUAGUCCAGACUCAUAUUCCAGACGUUAUCUACCUGAACAAACCUCACAUUUAUCUUAUGAAAUGCGUUCACGUUUAGAGCGUGCACCUGAUCCACAUGCUUCAAUGGGCAUUUUCUCAAAUCCCCUUAAACCAUCAUCGUCAUCAUCCAUUUCUUCGUCCAUGGGUGGCGGUGGAGGUGGUUCGGCUAUGUUUACCUCAUCCACUGGUUAUCGCAUAGUUGUCAGCAAUUUACACACCAGUGUCAAUCAAUCUGAUAUUAAAGAACUAUUUGAAGAUAUUGGUGAACUUUACGACUCACGCAUUGUACGGCCUGGUGUAGCCGAAGUCAUUUACAAGUCAUUAGCCGAUGCCGAAAAGGCUGUAGAUACUUAUCACAAUCGUCAGCUAGAUGGUCAGCCUAUGAAAUGUUUAUUAGUUAAUCCCAGAGCAUCUAACAAGCCAACAGCACCCGCCAUACGCUCGUCAAGGUGAGAACCAGUUUACACUCAUCGAAUAAAACUCCUUUAGAAAUUGAUAUCGAUGCCCUACACAAAGUUCUAUUUCGUCGUCAUUAGUGUUAAAUGAACAAAACAAAAACAAACAAAUA